CUAAAUGAAGCAAGCCUCGAUACGCGCUUCGUGGAAACGCCCCCUCCAAAACUCGACACACGCUUCGAAGCCUCGGCACAUCUCGUAACAUCGCUACCCGGAAGUCCCCCUCUUUCUUCCGGGCUGAUGCAGCUGCUCUGCGGUCAGUUCGCUCUCCUCUCCCGGCUUUCUCCGCCAGUCUCCGGCUGCUCUGCCGUUGUUCGGCACUGCUCUGCGGUCAGUCUGCUCUCUUUACGGGGCUUUUUCCGCCCCGGAUGGAGCCUUUCGCGGGAAAAAUCAAGCAUUGGCGCCCCCAGCAAGCAUCAGAAACUUCGUCGAGUCAUGCCGUCCAACGUGGAGAUCAAAGCUAAAGUUAGCGACCCGACGCAGUUCGCCAAGAAGGCCGCCGAGCUCAGCCAAUCGGAGGGCACAAUCAUCCGGCAGCAUGACACCUUCUUCAACUGCAGCCAAGGACGACUGAAGCUACGAGACUUUAUGAACGGGUCCGGCCAGCUGAUCUUCUACGAGCGUCCCGACACCGACGGACCCAAACUGUCUCGUUACUCCAUCAGCCCGACCAGCGACCCAUCCAGCCUCCAGACCGUCCUGUCUGACGCUCUCGGGGUCCGAGGGGAGGUGGUGAAGGAGCGACGGCUGUUUCUGAUUGGUCAGACCAGAGUUCACCUGGACAAGGUGGAAGGACUCGGACACUAUAUGGAGCUGGAGGUGGUGAUGAAGCCGGAGCAGACGGUGGAGGACGGACAGCAGGUGGCUGAGGGUUUGAUGCAGCAGCUCGGAGUUUCUGAACAAAGUCUGGUGACCGGAGCUUACAUGGAUCUGCUGCUGAAGGGACAGAAGGAGGCAUAAAACCAACAGUAAUCAGAUUACAGUAGUCAGAUUACAUUCAGUAUGCUCAGUAGAACUCAGAAAACAAACACACCGACUCAUAAGUCAUUAAAGUAGCAGAACACGGAAAACAUGUAUUAGUGAGAGUAAUCUAGUAGUUACACUGUAAUCAGAUUACAUUCAGUCAGCUCAGUAGAACACAUAAAUCUGUGUGUAUCAGUGAAGCUCGUCUGGUAGUUCCACAGUAAUCAGAUUACAGUAAUCAGAGUCUAAAGGUGCGUGUCCACUGAUUUCCCCGCAUUCCACCACAUAUGAACAUCUCACGGCCGGUGGGGGGGUCACAUGACCGAGCUAUCAGCUGACAGAUGAGUCUGAUAAAACAGCAGCUUUCCCUUUUAUUUCUAAACACUAAUGUUACCAUGCGUGCUCAGAUCCAGCUGUUAGAAGCUUCUCCUCCAUGGUGAACUGUGUUCAGCACCUUCUUUAAGCUCCUUUCCUGCCUCUGAAUGGACAAACGCAUCGACUCAGGGCUGCUCUGCUCCUGGAUUUCACACCGGACCGGCUGCAAACUUUGUCUAAUAUUACAAAAACACUUCAGAGAAACGUAUUUGUAAAGCAUUUUGAGGCGAGAAAUAAGCUGCAGCAGUUGAAUCUGUCCUGGUUUUAUUUAGACGUCUGAGGACAGUUUGAGGAUGCUGGAAUCUCUGCAGGCCGGAGUCCAGUCUGCUUUAUGCAAAUGAGCUGCAGGAAAACACACCGGAUCUCAGCUGGAAACACCCUGCAUGUGGCAUUCUGGUCCGGUUGUGGUGCGUUUCCUUCUGUGUGUUUACCCCGAGAGGUCUGCAGCUCCUUUGCAUAAAGUAGACUGGAUUCUGCUUAGAUUCCCCGCAUCCUGAAACUGUCCUCAAACGUCUAAACUAAAACCAGGACAGAUUCAGCUGCUGCAGAUUAUUUCUAACCCCAAAUGGUUUCAGUGUUUUAGAAGUAAAAGGGAAAGUUUGUGGCCGUCAGGCUGAAAGCUCGGUCAUGUGAGCACAUGGUGAGCUGCUGUGGUCUGUUAGUGACCGCCCACCGGCCGUACGAUGUUCAGAUGAGAGGAAAUAACAUCUAGUGGACACACGCCUGAACAGUUUGUCUGAAAUGUUUCUUUAAUGUGAUGAAAGUUUUGAUGUUUUUCUAAAUAAAUGAAUUCAAAAAGUU